AUGCCCGAUACCCCACAAUUGACACAAGCAACCCCGAUCGGCGACAAGGCCUCCGACGACUGGGCCGGCCUGACUGAUCCGGCUGAGCGCCGCCGCCGCCAGAAUCGAAUCAACCAGCGAGCCCACCGAAGGCGGCAGCGAUUGCAAGCGAAUAACAAUGUACAUCCUAAAAGCGUGGUCGCCUCGUCCUCGCCGUCAUCCACAGGAUCCGCUUCCUCGUCCUCAUCCUCAUCUGCCCUCGUUCGCUCGAAGGAAAUCGUCGCUCUGGAAAAUGGGCUGAAAGGAGACAGUCGGUGUAUCAACGCCAAGUUUCUCAGAGAUCUGAUGGAGCGGUUCGCGCGUACCGCAUACGAAAGCUACAUGAAAGGCUCGCCGACCUCCGACCACCUUUUAACACUAACCAAAGUUAACGUGUUUCGGGCAUUCGGGCAUAAUCUGUUAUUGGCGGGGGGAUCGCUGGAUGAUAUGGACGAUGACUCAAUAUCGCACUUCAAUAAGCUGUUACCGGGGACAGAAUUGCCCGAGGAUAGCAAGAUGCCGGUCAGUUUGCGACCCACACGAUUACAGAAGAUGGUACCGCAUCACCCAUGGCUGGACUUCUUUCCUCUGCCAAAGAUGCGAGACAAUUUGAUCCAAGCGGGUGAUGAGUGGGAUGAUGAGCAGCUGUGUCUGGAUAUAAUGGGGUUCUGGGAUAAGACUACCGAAGAUGCGGGACUGUUGGUCUGGGGCGAGCCGUGGGAUAUCAAGAAUUGGGAACUGACAGAGGCUUUCUUGAAGAAGUGGCAAUGGGUUGUAAGAGGGUGUCCAGAGCUGAUGAACUCUACCAACACCUGGCGAGCGAAACGAGGCGAGAGACUUAUAUUCCGCUAUAUCUGA